AUGGGCACAAUUACUGUCAAAAAGCCUGGCGACACGGACAUCCGUACCCUCAUUGACCGCAUUGAACCAUCGCCUUCCUUAGAUCUCAACAGGGCCCCAACGGCUAUGCUGCUGGUCACUCCAUCGUUCGCGUCCGCCCUGCUGCCUCCAGUGCCUAGCGCACCCGCCUCGCUGCCAAAUGUUCCGGAAGCCGUCACGCAGGCCGUGUCCCGCUUGGUACAGGACUCACUCGAGCGCGAAUCUUCGAUCAACAAUGUCCGGAUUAUCGCGGCUGUGGUCGACCGGCUCCCGAGUCCAGAGGGUGGCUCCCAGGCGAGCAAAGGCAGGGAGGGGCUAGCUUAUGCUCUGUGGUUCAACGAUAAUGUUGCGCGUACCGCCUGGUCAUGGAAUACCGUAGUCCAGCGGGAAGACAAUGCCGCUUGCCUCACCAUUGACUUUUUCGAUCGCUUCAAACUUACCGAUGUAGAAGGAAGCCCAAGAAGUCCACAUAGCGAGGUCGUUCACCGACUGCACCUUCCACUUGCGAAUACUCUCUUCCAGACAGGCCAUGUCUCUCUGAUGUAUAACAUGUUGUACAGGCUCAGCGAAAUCGUGGAGCCCAAGCAUGGACAUGGCGCCAUACUCCAAAAUCGCCGUACUCUUCAUGUGUGCGAGGUCAAUAGGGCCAACAGUCAGCGUGUAACGUGGCCAGUGGCUGGCCGAUACCUGGCACAUCGGUUGGUAAACUUUCCGCGCCGGGAAGAGACGUUGCACCAGCUUCACGUUCCUCUCGUUCCGUUGACAGGCCCGAGACAAGUCGAAGCCGGCCUGGGAAACAUCAUUCGACAGGUCACGGGCCCCGACGGGAAAGCGUCCCCUGCAUCUCAUGAGCUAGAAAAAGCCGUCUCAUCAUUCUUCGAAGCUACAGGGCAGGCCCCGCACGCGAUGCCUGUCUGGGCGCUUGUCUGUUCUGAAAAAAAUUCCAAAUAUCUCGCUUCGGCUGUCCUAAGCGCGCUCGGAAAGUGGCAACCCAAGCAAUUCAGUAAGGUGUACGACUAUGCUGGCAUGUGUUCGCAUUAUGUCGGCGAUGCUUGGACCGCCGACCCCAAGAUAUUCCAGCCCGCCAUUUGGAAAGCCAUGCUGACCGGAAAUGCGACGCUCCAUCGUGUUCUUAGCGGUGGUGGCGGCUGGGGUAAGAAAGCCGGCCUUAUAUCCUUGAAUCCCACCACAUCCGCGCAACGAACUGCUCAACAGGCCACUACUUUCAGUGAGACAGAUCAGGCCACAGCAGAGUCCCUGAAGGCGGUGGCGGAGCCCGGCUCGUACAUAACUUUCUUCACAUCGCCAGUCUCAUCCCUUAACGUGCCGGCAUACGAACAAGACACGAGCGUUUUCGGCACUCUACCAAGCAGUAUUGACGACAUCCCUGACACAGCUACAGAAGGUCCUUCCGGUAUCGACGUCUGGCCCGGAUACUUUGGUGCUUUGUCAGAGCAGGGUAUGAGUUUCAAGUUCAUUCGUGGUGAUCCACACGGACCACAGGGGAAGCAAGUUUACACCUCAACGAUGGUCGACGUCCCGUUUUCUCUUUUUGUCACAAGCAACCGGUUACCUACGAAUAUCCCUGCGCCUGCUGUAAGAAAUACUGAAGGUGCAAUGUCAAAGCUGCAGGUCGAAGCUUUGGGAGCAUACAUCAACAUGACCGUGGAAGAACUCCAACGACUUCCACAUAUUGGACCCAAAAUAACAAACAAAAUAAUUGAGUCAGGCACCAUGCACACCUACACCUCAGCUGAUAGAGGUGCGCUCCACCACGCGUACGAACGCGCGCUCCAUGCGGCCAGAGCUGAGGAGUGGGCGGUAGCGCAGCUGCCAUUCAGAGCACCAGAGGUCACCAAAAUUUUAGAGGAUAUGGGCAACAAGUCACAGCUCAAGUGCAAGAAGUGGGAAGACAUACUAUACCCUCUCGCGAUUAGGUUAAGGAAAAGAGCGAGGAGGUUCAGGAAGCUUGGGGCGACUAGUCUUGACCACUUUAACUCUAUGCGGCAGCAAAAGAACACAAACGACACUCAGCUUACACCGAGCUUAAAUUCGAUUGCUCGACAAGAUGCCUUCGGUUGUGUCGCUUCAAGGGCUGGGGGUUCGGCAGGACAGGCUGAGCGACUACGUACCCGGUUCGACAAAGUAACGGUCACUCAGCAGCAUCGCCGCCGCCUCUCAUGUUCGCACCGGUACACCACAAACGACUCACCAUCUUCGUCGCCCUCCUCCUCUUCUCUUCCCCCUGACGAUGAUACGGACGCAGAUCACAUACCUGACUCAUUAUCUUCUUGUUUUUCCCACUUUAUUGAGGAUACAGGUCUAGACCACAGGCCUGACUCUCCUUCUCCUUCUCUCCCUGCUGAGAAAACGAACGUCGACCACACGCCCGACAACGUCCAGCUGCUGUUCCAUCGAAACCAAUUCCGCGACACGCGUCAAUACUUCGGCCGCAAACGCCGCGUCGCGCUGCAGCGACUGCAGGACACGGUCGACAACGUCGCGACGCUCCGUCUCAACGAGAUCCAAUACCUCGGCGAUGCCGUCGAGCUGUCCGACGUCGUCUGCUUGGAGCUGAUGCUGGAGUGCGCCAAUGCCAACCCGGCCGCCUGGCAGCAAAAGCUCAAACAGCUGUCUGCCCGCGCCGGCCCCCACGCCUCGUUGCAGACGGACAUGUGGCCCGCCAUGUGGCACUUCGACCGGAUCGAUGGCUCGGCGGCACAGGAUCUGAUCAAGAAGCUGCGGUGGCGAAUCCUGCGGUGGGGCAGGAAGGCGAGGAUCGGAGAUGAGGAGGCCAACAGGCGCUUGCAGAAGGUCAUGGAGAUGCUGCAGGAGGACGAGAGGGGGACGAGGACUUUCAGGAUGCUGAAGGCGCGGCUGGAAGAGCUGGUGGAGGAGAGAAUGAGGGCCGAGACCAGAGGCUGGAUGAAGAAUAAGUACCGGGUGGCUUUGCGGAAGCUACGGGCUGGGGAGAUCGCGUAUUUGAGGGAGGCGGUCGGAGCUGUGGAGAGGAACGUGGGAGUGAUGGGCAAGAUUCUCUUCUUCAUCAAACAGGGGGCUGAGGAAGGGUUGGAGCGGCAGAAGCGGGUUGGGGAAGACGUGCGCCAGAAGUCGCAUGAUCCGACGUGGAAGCAGAUGAAUGAAGCGUGGACGCUGGCAGGUGAACUGGAGAGUUUACUAAGCAAAAGAUGA